CCAAUCAAAACCUUAUGGAGUAAAAUCCAUUUCGUUCAUUUCCUCUUCCCUUUCUUCAAAUUAACUUUAAAGAAAUCCUUAUUUCUCAUUCCCUAAUUUAUAUCCCUCUGCUGUUAUUCUUCAAAACUACUUAGAUUAUAUAUUUCCGAUGGCUUCUUCUGUGGACACAGUAAACGCUUCCUCCUCCUCCACAUUUAGGGGUGAUGAAAUUGCUUUUUCCUCUUGGUGCUUGGCUGAACUAGUAGAGAUCCUUGAAUGCAGGCGAUGGAUGAAUUUGACAGUUGUGCCAGUUUUGUACCAUGUGGAUCCUAGUGAUGUGGGGAAUCAGAGAGGGGCUUUGGCUGAUGCCUUUGUCAAUCCUGAAGAGCCACUUGCUUUGAGUGAAACUGCUAGUAUUCCUGGAUCGGUUUUAAACUACAGCGAUACGGACUGGCAAUCGAUUAAUGAGUCUAUCGGAUCACUAUGCAACCUCAGCAAUCAGAUGCCGGAAGAUGGUUCCACCAAUUGGGACUCACCACCAAGAUUUGAUGUAACUCCAGAUGAAUCAGAUGAUGCAGAUGAUGAUGCAGAUGAGAUGGUGCACGAUUAUAUUGGCCUAGAAAACGAAUCACUCUCCAACCUCAGCAAUCGGGAGGCGCAAGUGAUUAAUAAUUUUAUUGCAUCACCCUCCAACCUCAGCAAUGAGAUGCUGGAAGAUGGUUCCGUCAAUUUGGACUUACCAAGAUUUGAUGAUUCUCAAGAUGAAGCAGAUAAUGAUGCAGGUGAGAUGGUGCAGGAUUAUGUAACUGAUUUGCCACAGGAAGCUCAUGUGGAACCGGAUGACGUAGCUGACGCGCCACAAGAAUUACCACCAAGAUAUGAUGAUUAUAUCAAUGACGCAGUUGAUGUGAUGCAGGAAGCUCAUGUGGAACCGGAUGAUGUAGCUGACGCGCCACAGGAAGCUCAUGUGGAACCAGAUGAUGUAGCUGACGCGCCACAGGAAGCUCAUGUGGUACCGGAUGAUGUAGCUGACGCGCCACAGGAAGCUCAUGUGGUACUGGAUGAUGUAGCUGACGCGCCACAGGAAGCUCAUGUGGUACCGGAUGAUGUAGCUGACGCGCCACAGGAAGCUCAUGUGGUACCGGAUGAUGUAGCUGACGCGCCACAGGAAGCUCAUGUGGAACCGGAUGAUGUCGAAUCACUCCGCAUCCUCAGCGAUCUGGAGCCGCAAUUGAUUGAUGAGUGUAACGAACCACUCUCCAACCUCUGCGAUCCGGAGUCGCAAUGGAUUGAUGAGUUUAUCGAAUCACCCAGCAAUCAUAUGGUGCAAGAUGGUUCCACCAAUUGGGACUCACCACCAAGAUUUGAUGCAACUCCAGAUGAAUCAGAUGAUGCAGUUGAGAUAGUGCAGGAUUAUGUAGCUGAUUUGCCACUGGAAGCUCAUGUGGUACCAGAUGAUGUAGCUGAUUUGCUACUGGAAGCUCAUGUGGUGGAGGAUCAUGUGGCUAAUUUGCAACUGGAAGCUUAUGUGGUACCGGAUGAUGUAGCUGAUGCGCCACAGGAAGCUCAUGUGGUGGAGGAUCAUGUGGCUAAUUUGCAACUGCUAACGAGAAGAGAAACAAACAACAAAAAUGUGUUGAGAACAUAUGCAUUACUCAUAAUCUUGGAAGAGAUAAAGAUGGAGAAUGUUGAUCUUUUAUGCCCAAUUUGUGAUAAUGCAAUACGCGUGGCUUUAUGCUGUGGGCACAUGUUCUGUGAGGAAUGUGGGAAUAGAUGUUCCACUUGUCCCAUUUGCCGGGAUCGGAUCCAUAUCCGUAUCCCGGUGUUUCCACCGCAGUGACUUUGCCAAGAUUAAACUACAUUGCACAUGGUGUUUUAGCAAAGAUUAUCUACGGUUUUGUGUUCCUUGGGUUUGGAUUGUGAUACCUAAUUUAUAUAGUAUUAUUUGGAAUGUUAAAUAUGAUUUCUUACAUGGUGUUUGGAACUUGGGGUUAAUGUGGUAGAUCAUGUGGACAAAGUUUCUGUUUCGUUACCUAUGUGUGGUAACUAGUAAUUGGGUGGUUAAAUUAAACAUUACUCUUAUUGCGUAUC